AUGACAGGCUACGGUUUUGACAUCAUCAAACACCAUAGUCCUCACGACCUCCAAAACCAGCAUCAUCAUCUCCAGCACCACAACACAGCCCUCAUCUCCAUCUCCAAUACUGCCACAGCCCUAACCAUCUCCAACACCCUCACCAUCUCCAACACUACCCCAGCCUUCACCAUCUCCAACACUACCACAGCCUUCACCAUCUCCCUCACCAUCUCCAACACUGUGCCACCAGGCAUCACAUUCUCCACGUGCCACAGCCCUCACCAUCUCCAACACUACCACAGCCCUCACAUCUCCUACUCAUACACAGCCCUCACCAUCCUCCAACACUACCACCAGCCUCACAUCUCAACACUACCACAGCCCUCUCCAUCUCCAACACUACCACAGCCCUCACCUUCUCCAACACUUACCCACAGCGCACAUCUUCACUACAUACCACAGCCUCACAUCUCAACACUACCAAAGCCUCACCAUCCAACCACUACCCACAGCCUCACAUAUCCAACAGUACCACAGCCCUCACCAUCUCCAUCAGUGCCAAAGCCCUCACCAUUUCCAACAGUUGCCACAGCCCCUCACCAUCUCCAACACUACACAGCCUUCUCCAUCUCCAAACACACCCUGGCCCUCACCAUCGGAACACUAUCACAGCCCAUCGACAUCUCCAUCCGUGCCACAGCCCUCAUCACUCCAACAGUGUCACAGCCCUCACCAUCUCCAACAGUGCCACAAGCCUACCAUUCUCCAACACCCCUCACAUCUCCAACAACUACCACAGCCCUCACCAAUCUCACAACACUACCAUCAGCCCUCACCAUCUCCAACAACCACAGCCGCGCCAUCUCCAAACAGUGGCCACAGCCUCACCAUCAUCCAACAGUGACAAGCCCUCCACCAUCUCCUAAACAUACCACAGCCCUCACCAUCUCCAAACAACUACCACAGCCCUCACCUUCUGGAAACACUUUCACAGCCCCGACAUCUCAACGUGCCACAGCCCUCACCAUCUCCAACAGUGCCACAGCCCUCAACCAUCUCCAACCACUCACCACAGCCCUCACCAUCUCCAACACUACCACAGCCCGUCAUCCAUCUGCUAACACGCUAUCCACAGCCGCUCGACAUCCUCCAACAGUGCCACGAGCCCUCACCAUCUCCAACAGUGCCCACAGGCCGUCACCAUCCUCCAACACUACCACACCCUCACCAUCUUCCAACACUAUCACAGCCCUCACCAUCUCCAACAGUGCCACAGCCCACACCAUCUCCAACAGCCUCACCAUCUCCAACACUACCAUAGGCCUCGGCAUUCCUUAUACCACAGUCUUAACAACCCAUAGCGCUUAA